UUGCAGAAGACGUUUUGUUAUAAAUAUCGCUCCAACGUUGAUUCUGUCACACACCACAGAUUUUUGUUGACAUUUUCAUCUUGUUCAUUGAGCGUCAUGAAGUCAUUUGCACUUCAUGAUGAGUUGGAAUCCGUUUAGCCGCCAUUCUGCACCGAAGAAGAAUGUGGUAUCAAGAAGUGCUGAGAGAGAAUUGGAGAAGGAGGUCAAGAAAGCUGAAAGAUUAGAAGAAACCAGUAGGAAACUCUAUAAAGACACAAAGAGAUGGAUGGAAUCAAACCAAGGUAUGAUGGGCAGUGAACACAAGAUAACACAGAACUUAUUGACCAGCCAACUUUGUCAGACCGAGCCUCAACUUUGUGCUCAGAUCGCGGACUGGGACCACUCUCUGGAAAAACAGGAACUCUACAUGAAGGAGUUGAAUACCACCGUCCAGAAAGCUGUAUUAGAACCCAUGAAAAAAUUUAACAGUAUAUUUCCCAGCAUUCAAACUGCAGUGAAGAAAAGGGAGCAGAGCCUUCAGGAGUACAAUAGAUGUCAAGCCAGACUAGAAAAGCAUCAAGGCCGUGAAAGAACUGGACAAAAUGUCGUGAAACUGGAUGCAGUCCUUAGUAAGAGUCAAAAGGCCUUGCGAAAUGCCAGGGAGGAUUUUGAGACGCAGAACAGUAAUCUGACCGAGGAUCUUCCUAAGAUGAUCGAAGGCCGAGUGGAUUAUUUUCAGCCAAGCUUGGAAGCUCUCAUCAAAGCGCAGGUCGCUUACAAUUCUGAAGUUUAUCGUAUGAGUACUGAACUGUCGGACCAGUUAUCAUCGCAGAGUUCAAGUGGAACGUGUACAAAAGAGGAGAGGGUGAAUAAAAUUCAACAGGGCCUGGCCAAUAUAAAGGCCCUCUCCAUAACGCUGGACGAGUGAUACAGGAUAAUAGAUACACAGGGUGGUCGAAUUACACGAAGUAGGAAAUCAACGCGGGACGAAUUAUACAGGAUUAUUGACACACAUGGUGGUCGAAUUACAUGAAGUAGGAAAUCAACGCGGGACGAAUUAUACAGGAUUAUAUAUACACAGGGUGGUCGAAUUACACGAAGUAGGAAAUCAAAAGUAUUUUUUGAGUUCUGUACGCUUAACAUAUUAUAUUUAUUCACCAUCAAAUUAUAUUGGAAAGAUUGUUAAAUUAGCGGUUAGAUGUUUAUUUGGAAGAAAAAAGAGAACUUUGUAUAUUAAUUAAUAUCUGUGUACAAUGUAGAGAAGAAAAGGUGGGAGAGAGGAGAGAAUGAUGGAGAAAGUGUGAAGAGAGAAUGAAGAGAAGAGAAAAAGGAGAGAUAAAGGAGACAGAGAUUAAGAGAGAUUUAGAGAGAGAUUCAGAGAGAGCGAGAAAGAAAGAGAGAUUUAGAUAUUUAGUGAGAGAUUCAGAGAGAGCAAGAGAGAAAGAGAAAUUUAGAUAUUUAGUUAGAUUCAGAGAGAGAGGAAGAGAAAGAAAGAUUUAGAGAGAGAGAGAGAAAGAGAUUUAGAGAGAGAGAAAAAGAGAGAUUUAGGGAUAGAUGAGGAUAGAUGUGGAUUUUCACAGAUUAAGUAUACCAGGGUAAUUGUAGCAAAUGCUUUUAAUGGUUAGGAUGGAUAUACUUGUAACAUAUAACAAUUAUUAAUGUCUGAUAUACUCAAAUAUUCUGCUGAUCAUAUAUUAUCUUAUUAUUCCACAGAGGUUGUAGUAAGCACCUCAGAUUAACAGUAACACAAAUCUGCUUAUUUAAGUGUGGUACAUAUAAUUUAAAGCUGUUGAAUUUCACAUGGGCUCAUAUUUCGCUGUUUUUCGCCACUCAGACCUAUUCGUGGGCAUAACAUUUCGCGCAAAUGCGCCUUGUAUACAUUUUGCAUUAAAACACUUCUAAAUCUUUAUUUACAAUUUUUAUAUAUAUAAGUAUUCACUUGAUUUUUAAUUCCGCUUUAUAUUUAAUGAAUGCAAAUACAUUAUGUAUAGCAGAAUUAAACCAGCCACGAAAUUUACCAAUACACAGUAUGUUAUUUGAAGAAUUGCGUUUGCGUCAUAAUAAAUUACAAAGCUGGACUAAAUUCAUCUUAAAAACAAAUGAAUGUUUAUUUCAAAGACACAAUUAAGACUGAGAAGGUUGUUAUUAUGAGACAUUGUAUGUAAAUGCGAUAAAAGAAUUCUUUUUGUUGAGAUUAUGUGUAUCAGGUUUACGAGGAUCAAGAGAGUGAACGGUGUUACCAAUAUUUAAGGUGUUAUUGAGAUUUGUUUUGUAUAAAAUCCUAUAUGCUGUGAUCAAUGUUGCUGAUACCAUUCCAAUAAUUAUAUAUAUAUAUAUAGGGCUGCAUAUUGUUGCUUGAUACUCGAAUACAUACAUCUAUUAUUGCUGUUUGUAAAUUUUAAUAUAUGUGUAUAUGGCAUUUUGUUUUUUUCGUGUUUUUUUUUUUUUUUUUUUCAUGUCUGUAGAAUUGGUACCAAUCUGCAGGAAUCUGACAGCACAUUUCAUCGAUCUGCUCCAUGUUUUAUAGAAUUGUUGAUCUUUAUUGAUCAUAUUCAAUAUAUCUAUAAAUGUUGGUUGCCCGGAAUCUGACACCACAUUUCAUCAAUCUGUAGUAAUUUCACUCCAUAUUUUAAAGAAAUGUUGAUCUUUAUUGAUCAUAUUCAAUAUAUAUCUAUAAAUCUGACACCACAUUUCAUCAGCUUUAUAUAUAUAUAUCUAUACCUAUAUAAUAUAUAACCUUGCUUUACAUUUCAGUAUCAUUAAUAAUAUAAAUCUACAAAACCUUGUGAGAUGGUGCUGAAGAUAAAAACAAAAUAUAUGUAUAGAACUAUGCCAUAUUGGUGAUUUAAAAUUAUCUGUAGAGUCUGCCUCAGACUAUCGGUAAUGUAAAACGUAUUUGCGUCAGGCCUCAAAUUUUAGGGCUUUCCCAAAAAUACUGUUCCAAAAGAAUGAAAACUGAAAAAACAAUGAAUUUGUUAAUUAAGAAUACUCAGUGAAUCAACGAAAAUAACAACUUUUGAAAAUAAAUGACUUUUUAGCAUGUUUUUCAUUUAAUAUUAUAAAGAAAAACAGGAUGAAAAACAAUUGUCUUUUUUGUUAGCCAAGUAAUAAUUGGGUAGGUACGUCAUAUAUAUUGUUAAAAAUUAAAUUUGCUUUAGGUAAAAGAUCAAAACGGUUUUGAUAUAUGUUGUAUUAUGUAGAUAGGAGUUUAAAUGGUUGUUUAAGUUGUAUUGAAUUUUAAAACCUUUUUUUUUUUGUGUGCAUGGUUGUUAGGAAAUUUAAUUAUGAUUGUAGGAAUUUACUUACAACUUCAUUUUUUGUAUCCUGUGCUGAGCUUCCUAUCAGUAAAAAUUAUAGUCCAGAUUUUAUACAGCUGCCGAAUAUUAAUCUUAUGAAAGAAAUUGUAGUGAAGUGCAAGAUGUUGAUUUCAACUUGUCAGUCUGUCCAGUAUAGUUUCAGGACAAUUGAGUUGCAGAGCAGGCAAAAUUCAAAGCGCAUAUUAUGAAUAAUUAUUUCACAGUUCAAAUUAUAUGACUGUGAAACCAAGACACAACUAAACGUUUUGCUGUUUUAAUUUAAUGUGCCUGUAUUUUGUUGACGUGCCAAGAGCACAAUUAACUGACGUAUUUUUUUUCACUAUUUACUGUAUAUUUUUAUGUAUUUAAUUAUAUACAUAAUGUACUAAUGAACUGCCAAUAAAAUAGUACAGAACAUU